AUGGAGACUUCAGAGCUUCGGUCUUGUGAAGGGUGGACUGGAAAACCUAUACCAGAAGAGCUCCGAUUGCACAACGAAGACGAAUCUCUACCUCCGAAGCUUAAGGAUAUACUAACCUGGUCCCUCAAUGUGACCAAUAAACCGACAAAAAUCACACCCUCGAACCCCAGCGCGGCUGCAAAGGAAGCCUUAACAGGCUCAGAGACAAGUGGCUUUACGCAACCGUUGGCACAAACUUCUCCAUCGGAGGCAGCAUCCUCGGCUACCUCAGUUGGUUCGUCACAGUACAGGGAAGAAAAAGACUCUGGGGCUAGUCGCCGCAGAAUAAUGCCUGGUUUGUGGAGCCUCCAGAAUACCAGCAAACGCCCAUACACCCCCCAAAGUGGCAGGCAUGGCAUCCUGGAAUCUACAAGAGACCUUCUCACAGCCUUCAGGCAAAAAGCCGAAAAAACAGGGCAGCUACGCGCGAGGUCUGAAGUAGUCCUGGUGCAUGACUCCAACGUCUUUGAAUGUACCGGUUGCUUCGAAGAGUUCCGUUCGGCGGAGACUACCAAACUUCCCUGUGGUCAUUCUUACUGCAAAGCAUGUCUAACCACGCUGAUCAUGACAGCGCUUCAGAAUGAAAGUAACUAUCCACCUAAAUGCUGCCUGAGCGAGAUUCCGCUCUCGGUAGCUCUACAGCCGCUCGAUGCGAAACAGCAGAAAAUGUACAAAAACAAAGCUGCUGAAUAUUCGAUCCCUGCUCAAGAACGAUGGUACUGCCCUAACGUACGGUGCUCGAAAUGGAUCCCACCCGCAAACCUUCGACGCACUCGUCAUUCCGACCAAAAGUGUCCCUAUUGCUCUGGCAAAAUUUGCAGUAUCUGCAGAGGCUCCGCACAUGGCAAGUCAGUAGAUUGUCCUCAGGAUUUCGGAUUGGAGGCCACAAUAUCUCUUGCGGAGCUUGAGGGCUGGAGACGCUGUCACAGUUGUCGGGCCUUGGUCGAGCGAGCUUCUGGAUGUCGCCACAUGACCUGCAAGUGCGGCUCUCAAUUCUGCUACGUGUGUGGAGCAAAAUGGCGAACCUGUGGAUGCAAUGAAGUCGAUGAAGUCAACCGGCAAGCAGAUCUAAGACGACGAAGGGUGGACAGACAAGUUACGAUUGAUGCAGAGGCAGAGGAACUUGCUCGCACCGUCGCCCAGGUUGAAGCUCUGGAACGUCGUGAAGCGGCAGACCGGCAAAGGGAACAAGCACAGCAGGAAGCGGAAAGGAGACGGCAGGAGGCCCAGCUCACAAGAUUAGAGGAGGAGAGACGGCAAGAGGAAGCUUCAAGGAGGCUAGAAGAGGAACGACUUGAGCGCGAGUACCGGCUCGCUCUCCGAGAGUCUAUCCUGGACACUUGCAAUGCAAUGCAAUCGGCAUUGAUCAACAUCAGCCAGACCCAGAAGCAAGCCCUCGACAGCCGACACCUGCAAGCCACGCGUGCCCUCCUGGAGGAGCGCAAUUGCGAGUUGGCGAAGCAGAGAGUUGAAGCCGAGGAGCUACAAGCUAAGCUAAAGUCAAAUAUCGAUCGAAGGACCGCCUUUGUCCAACGCAAACACAGAUCGGAUGUUGGCGUUUUCACUCAUGAGCAGGAUGAACUGGAAGACGACUUAUUUUUGGAGAUAAGGAUGCAUCUCCAUGGUAAAUCUGACAAAGAAGCACGAGAGUGUCGCCUGCAUGAGAAAUUUAGGAAUCAGCGCAAGGACAAAUUACAAGAGCUCCUCAAGAAGCAUGAGAUGGAGAUGAAGACUUUGAACGUUAGUGCCUCCAGCGAGCUGGACGUGGUGAAACGGGCCAGCGACACCAAGAUUGCCAUGAUCACGACCAGAUACGCCAAUUAUUUCGAAGCACACCGGACGGCCGUGGCUGCAGACCUUGCCUGGUUUCAACACAUAUCCGAAAGGCGACAUAACAUGGUGGCCUACCAUACCCGCCUUGUGCUUGCCGCUGUCGAGGCAGACGAGGAACCAGUCGGUCUAACUGAAGAACAAGCUACAGCCAUUGGGCCUUUUAUGUCCGGCCAUUCAACCCCUCUACAGCAGGAUGACCGACUAGUGCCAUCGCCUACACCGAGUCCCACUGUUACGCCUACACCAUCCCUUGUCGAGCUCGCUGCAACGUCUAAUCGCUUGCUGUCUGUCUUGGAGCCGCAACCCAAGUCAACGGGCGGCGCCGACGCUGCGAUAGGAGCGUCUGCAAAUCAGUCUCUGAUGAACAGGGCCGGCUUAUGCAAGGCAGGACAAGACCAAUCCUCUGCUGGCGUGUCUCGAAUAUCUGAGGACAGCACAUGUGGCUUGGAAGCCGGGCAAUCCAUACGGAGGUACGUUAUGGCUGGAGGUCCUCGUACGCCUAGACGGCCAAAUUCCCUUUCGAGUCGAAGAUACAAAACUGGUUCCCGGUCAGGCGAUAACAUCCCAACCGUGCCAGAGCUCCCAGCCAGAUGUCCCGGAGGCGGCGACCUCCUCUCGAAGAUGCCAGGUGCCUUUCCUGCCACGCAGAUGCCUCGUGACAAUUGUGAAGCGCAGGGCAGCUCAGUCCAGGCUUCGCCUAGGCACGUAUACCAGCGGGACUCAUUGGCCGAGAGCACCGCAUCGGUCACAGGGCGGUCCACGGCUCCUUUGUCCCCGGUAUCAGCGUCAGACUACUCGUGCGCAACGUCGCCAGGGAUCAUCGGUACCCUGUCCAAACCAGUCACUGAUGCUAUUGAGCCUUUGUCGUCUUCUUCGUCUUCUUCCUCCUUGCAGCAGGAGCGGCGCGCGAUACCUGUCUCGACUUCACACGCCACUCCUCUCAGACCAUAUCAACAUGCGAGGGGAACGUUCUCACUCGGUGACCUGCGCGCGGCGUUGACAGGCAGUAGCGGAGUUGUAGGUGGUGACAGGGCAAGAAUGCCAAAAUAUACGUUGAGAGGAAGGUUGCAAGCGGAUGAAACGAGCCGGGGGUGA